AAGCCGAAAGAAGGCAGAGACUCCAAGAAAGCUGGUUGGCUGCCUGCCAGGGCCAGAAACCACCGGCAAGGACUUUAGUGCUGAUGGGCGAGUUAAGUCGAGCUUCGUGACUGGAAUUGCUUAACCACCAUUUUGUUAGUCGACGGGGAAAGGAUAGCGAUUUGCAGGACCCGUGGCCUUCUUCGGACCCGAGUCCUCGAGCCCUUUGACCUGUAUAUAAGUCUCCUUCAUAGGCGGAGCUGAACACCCUCAACAUUCGAAUUCAGUUGUACCGUCGGGACCCGGAACUGUCCGAGCUUCGUGUCGAGAGGUUUCGAGUCUAGUGCGAAGGACGCCGGUUCGGGAAGUGGUCACUGCAUCAGCAGCAGCAGCAGCAGCAGCAUGACGAGAAGGAGGAGUGCUUGUGAGAUGAGAAUCGCCACCUUGUUCCUGCUCGUACUUUGCUCCGGGUACCUGAGCGCGAUCCAGGCGCAGCUGAGUCCGACAUUUUAUGCGGCCACUUGUCCGAAUUUGGAGCGGAUUGCCAGGCAGUGGUUCAGUAUCGGGGUGCUGAAUGCUCUCACGGCCCCGGCUGCCAUUUUGAGACUGUCGUUUCAUGACUGCUCUGUCAAUGGCUGUGACGCCUCGGUUCUUCUGAACGCGGGCCGGGGUAACACGGACGAGAAGGCCUCGAGUUUGAAUCUGGGCAUUAGCAAUUUGCAGGUCAUCGACGGAAUUAAAACUGCUGUGGAAAGGCAGUGCCCUGGAGUGGUUUCCUGCGCGGACCUCCUCGUGCUGGCUGCUCGCGAUGCUGUCUCCCUCUCUGGAGGCCCGAGGAUGACUGUUCAGCUGGGCCGCAGAGAUGGAACGACUGCCAGCACUUCCGCCGCCGACUCUCAAUUGCUUCCCCCCACCGCAUCUGUCGACCGAGUACUGUCUACGUUCUCUCAGAUGGGCCUGACUCCCAUGGAAACUGUAGCACUCCUCGGAUCUCACACCAUGGGAGUUGGACACUGCGACAGCAUAAAGAAUCGACUAUACCCGCAGCUGGACACGACUCUGUCGCAGAAUCCGUUCUUCGCCCAAAAUCUCAAGCGUCAGUGCCCUGCCUCCUUCUCGAACCCGAACACAGUCGUGGCGAAUGACAUAACGAACAUCGUCUUCGACAAUCAGUACUUCCGAGACGUCCAGGGGAGGAGAGGUCUGUUCAGCAUCGACGACGCCAUCCGCACCGAUGCCCGUACCUCCGGCUUCGUUCGCCAGUUCGCUGUCAACAGACAGCUCUUCUUCUCCACCUUCCAAACGGCUUACAACAAAAUGGCUGCGCACAGAGUGUUGACGGGCACACAAGGGCAGAUUCGCAAGAACUGUCGAUCCAUCAACUGAUCAGGGCUGACUUUCCCGCUGUUCUCCAUUCUCGUCCUCUCUCUCUGUCGCUCUUCACCUCAUCGUUCUCUUUUCCAGCUCUGAGGGGAAGAGUGGUUCACAUUCCUGCCUUUGUGAAAUAGGUAGACAUAGUGACAUAUAGUUUUGAUAGCACUGCCGCUGUCAUUUGUAUAGUGCUUCACCUGCCUCUCUCCCUCCGACGUUCGUCUCUCACGAAUUCAAUCGAGCCUCAUGGAAACAUGGUUGUGCAUGGUCGAGGGGAAGAAGAAGCUUCCAUGCAACUAGACAAGAUUUGCUGAGAGGUGGACAGAGUGUGUAUCAUUAGCACCAACAUUGUCAAAACUCUGUCCGUUUGUAAUGUAGUCCUCUGUCCUCACAGAAUCUCACUUACUCUCGCCGAAUUGUUCCAAUGUUUCACUUCAUUUCCAUGAUUCAACUUCCUCAUUUCUGAUGUAUAUAAACAAAA